AUGAUCGAUCUUGUGCUGCUUGUCCUCGAUCUCCUCGCGGCAUUCCUUGCCGUCGAGGAAGUAGCGAGGGACCUGGGAAAUGCGGCGUCUGCAUUCUCGGCCAUGGAUCCGUUGAGCCGUCGAAGGAGGGCAAGCGGUGCUGGGGAGCCGGAUGAUGGCAUGAGCGAGGAGGAAUACCGAGCAGCCUUGAGUCAAGGGGGUCCUGCAGCAGGGCCCGUCAGAGGGACCGGUAGCGUCUCUUUGAAUGGCAUACUGCCAGGAGAAGCGUCUCCUGGCACUCUGGAGAGUGGUGAAGCCAAGAUGCAAGUUGCUGGUGAGCCGGCGACCACAUCUGCAGUAGAUGAACAUCUGCCUGUGGCGAAUCCCUUCCACUCUGAGAAAGUCCGGACGGAGGUCGAGCUAAUCCGAAACAGGCCGACCUCGCUGGAUGAUGAUGGGCGAAGGCUAAGGGUUGAUCCUGAUGCCCCUACUUUGGGGGAAACCCGACCUGGGGAUGAUGGAGAGCCUAACUAUGCAGCUGCCCUUGGAGGAGGGGAAGGAUUUCGGGAAGCUCCCAGAGUGGCCCGGGUGGAUGUUACUGCGGGUAGUCCGCGGGCGACGGGGAAUAUGGCGGCAACCUUUCCUGGUGGUGCUCCGCAAGAGACUUCUUUGUCUGCGCCCCCUCGGGUGUAUAAAGCAGAGGAGUCAGCUGUGGAUGAGUUGGGUCCUGACCCUUUUGGCCCUGAGGAUGCGAGAGAGUUGAUCCCGGCUUCGGAUUCGGAUCGCUUGGGAAGGCUAGAGAGCCUAUUGGUUCAAGUGGUGGCGGAGAACAAGAGUCUGAAGAGAAGGCUGGAAAUUGAGUCGCGGUCUCAUUCCAGCUGGCAUAGCGGGAUCGCAGCUCCUGAGUGGGGCAGCGGAGCUGUUCCGGAAUCUUUUUCCCCGGCCACGUUUGGGCCCAGAUCUGGUAGUGCUGUACAGGCGUUUCUGGCUAGCGAUUUCCCGGGUCACGAGGGUCGUGGGUUGGGUGGUUGUAAUGUAGGGCCUACGCCGGUUACGGAGGGAGGCCUCAUGAGAGGACCACACUCUGGGAUGGGCCAUCCUGCAGGAGCAAGUCUUAUGGAACUAGAGGCCCAGAGCUUCGCAUCAUACUCUUUAGGUUUGCCCAGAGCCCCGGUAGAAGGAACCUGUAGGCUCCCUCCACCUCCGUUGCCCCUGCCGCCCUUGACGCCCCAGAGCGCUUGUGUGGGUUCAACUGCAAUAACUCCCGAACCCCAAACCAUGCGACAAUUUACGGAACAGGUUAGGGCCCGAGAACUUGCAGGUCAGGAGUUGUUGAGCUUCCAUACUCCUCGAGGGGGUAGGGAAGGAGGUUCAGGUUUUGAUGCGGAGGGAUACCCGGUAUCCCCGGGGGGAACUUCCAUAAAGCCUCCUCCUUUGCCGCCGGCGGCUGCGGCGAGCACGGCGACUUCGUUUCCAGGUGCGCCCACCAGCCGCCUGGGUUUAGGGGAACUGGUUUCAGGGGUACCUGGAGCUUUGAGGGAUCAGGAGUUGGCUAGGUUAGGGUGUGGACAAUUGCCAGCUGGGUUAACCGGGCUACAGGGAGGAGCUGCGCAUUCGGGAUUUGGGUAUAGUCCAGCAGGAUGCGGGGUUCCAGGUAGUUUGGGUGUGCCGGGCUCCAUUGGGGCUGCAGGUUUGUCUGGAGUCUCGGGAACGGAAGGGCUUCAGGGGUCCAGGGUUCUCGAUGUAGGCGGGGUCCCAGGGUACGGCACUAAGGGUCAAGACCUUCCCCGCCCUGAAGAGCCGGCCCGCUAUAUCUCUGAACUACCUAAGUUAAAUCAAUCCGAUUUAGCCAACUCGGCAGUGGUCUGUGGCAACUGGUUGGCGCAAGUGCGUCAGAUAAUGGUGGGCUUAUCGAUGAGCGCGUCAGUUUGGUGGCAGGGGGUCGAAGGACCAGCCACCGCGGCGUACCGUAGGUGGCUAGUAGCCGAUCCCUUAGGCCGUCUUGCUGUAGACCCAUCGACUAUAGUAGGGGAUUUCGAUCAGCAUUUGUAUGGGAGAGUCGAAAGUAGGUCUGUGAGCCUUUUGCUUGCCGCGGUUCCUCAGUCCAUUCGGGAUGACGUGGUGACAAACAGAUGGCUCAGCAGUGCUGCGAUUCUAUUCCGACUAGUCAGACUUAUCCAAGCGGAGUGUGAGUCGGCAGUUAUCACAUCUGAUGCUGGCGCUGACAAGCGUACCAGGGUUGCGGCAGCCGCAACCAGGGACCAGGGUAGUGUCCCCGGGGUUCCAAGUGCUCCGAAUAAGGCGCCUCCUCCUGUACCUCCGACUUCGGUCCAGACCUCCCCUCAGGUAGCUGCGGUGAGUCCUAUUAAUUCGGCGGCGGCCGGUGCGAGUGCAGCCUUGAGUCAGGAGGCGCUCGUCGCAGAAGCCACGAAGAUCCUUAAAGGGGUUUCUCUGAGGGCUCUCCAUGUAGAGGAUAUCGAUGUCUCCUGGCUGAGAAGCGCUCUUGUCAGCGCCUCUGACCCGUCGUUUGCCCUGAUCGACUCCGGAGCCACUAACGCUCUACGCCCUGCGGGACCUGGAGAGGCGGACAAUUGCCGCGUCAUUCGUGUUGAUCUGGCAAGCGGGGGUACUGAACUUAGGGUGAAUGCCCAGGGGACCUUGCUUCAUAAUGGGGGUUGCCAGGUCAUUCUUCCGGCGAGCUACUUAGUGGAUCUUGGGUAUUCUAUUUGUUGGCGCCGUGGUAGUUGUAAGGUUAAGCAUAGGAAGCAAGGUGCUCUGGACGUCACGGUGGUGAAGGGUUGCCCGUUGAUCCCUAAGGCUGUGGGUUUGAAGCUUCUGGAGGAGUAUGAGGCCAAAAGGAGAGGUGAUGCACUCGUAAGCAAGGCUGAGGCCUAUGAUUUGGUGCAGGGAGUUACUUCAGGGUGUGCUCGGGAAUGGUUGCGAGAUCGGGUUGGGAUGCGGUCUGGUGGCCUUACUGACAUUGACCAACUGGUUUUCCUGCGGAGUCUUUUCCCGGAGGUUUCGGGUAAGGUUUUAGCGAGGGUUUGCGCAUCGCCUUUGGAUCCUGGGUAUAAUGACUGGUCGGACUUGCCUUGGAAUCGAAGAUUACGGAGGUCAAUGACUCGUGCAAGUAUGGGUUCGGUUAUGAUGUUGGUGACCCCGAGUGCUUCUGCUUGGAAGGGUAUGGGACGAGUGCUCCCUGUGGCUAAUACUGAAAGGGGCUUGGGCUCUAGGUUGGUGUUUAGGCUUCUUAUGAGGUGGGCUCAGCAGGGAGUGCUAGGAGGAUUUGUAAAGGGUCCUGAGACAGUUGAGCAGGGGCUUGAGUCCUCAGAAGAGUUGCAGGAAGAUGAGGUCGUGAGGUAUUUGAGGAUGGUUUUGCUGUUCUCGGUAGCACAGGCCGUCAGGGAUGCUGAGGUUAAGGUAGCGGGGUCAGAGAUAGGCACCCCACUUCCGGAGAGUGGGGGAGACCUGAGUGGGGUCUUCUUUGCUAUGGAUACAAGUGUGUGGUCUAAGUGCGGGAGUUUGGGCGCUGCUGCGUCCGAGAAGUCGCUGUUUCUCUCGACCUACGCUUUGCGUUCAGCGUCUUUCGAUCAAGGGUGCUUCGGACUACUGGGGAUUUGUGAGACUACCUUGAUUACGAGUUCUUGGUUCCUGUUUGAGGCGGUACAUGAAGUUCGGGUAGAUGAUAAGUUAAGGGUGGCGUGGAAUAACGCUCACGGUAAAGCGGGGAUUGAUUCGUCAUCCGGGGAACCGUGUUGGUCCCGGGGUUUAUGCAACUUGGUUCAGAGGAGCUGGGUGUUAUGGAAAUGGGAACAGUCCCGUGCUGAUGAGGUACGUGAAAGACAGGUAGUGUUGAGGAAGCUCUCUGAGGAGGAGUCGUAUAAGCGACAUGUGCAACAAGAUCAUGUACCUUAUCGUAAAGGGUGCCCAGUAUGUAUACAAGCCCAGGGCCGACAACGAUCCCAUUGGCGGUCCGGGUUUCCCGGUGUGCACUCCCUAAGUGCCGAUGUAGCGGGUCCCUUGAUCUCUGGCUUGUCUUGGGAUGUAGAGGCGAGUGGGAGGGAUAAGGGUAAAGGGUACUGCUACUUUCUAGCUUUUGCCUACGCUAUUCCGAGCACCUUUGUUACUGAGAGUCCCGAUACUUCUGAGGGGUCUGAUCCUGUACCUGAAGAAUGUGGGCAUAUGGUGCCGAUUGAAUCGGAGGGAUUUGUGCCUAAGUAUCCUGAUGGUGAUAAGGGAGCUCGAGCUGAUGAUGAACUGUUUCGGGAGUUGGACCAAAUUCCAUUGUCGUUGGAAGAGGUGCGAGCAGAGCUUAAAGCGGUGACUCACAGAGUUAAGGGUAAACAGCCUGAGCCUGCCGAUUCGGGCGAGUCUCCUGCAUUGGAAGAGCACAAGGGUUAUAAGACUCUGUUCAUGGGUGUGCCUAUCCGAUCGAAGCAUGGGCGCGAGGUUCUGCCGCACGUUCAAAGUAUGAUUAACAGACUGGAGGCGGCAGGCUUUCCCGUUCAACGGUUUCAUGCGGACCGUGCGAAAGAGCUUAGGUCACAUGCAUUAACUACGUGGAUAAAGGAUAGGGGCAUCCACGGCACCUGGACGGCAGGCGAGUCGCCUGCUGGUAAUCGUGCGGAGUUGGCUGUACAGAGUUUAAAGGGGUUCGUCCGCAAGCUGCUUGUUGUGUCUGGCCUUCAGAAACAGUUCUGGCCGUUGGCGCUCCUGCAUGGGUCUGCGCGUAACUGGGUAAACUUCAACGAAGCUAUUGGUAACCCUCAGGCUCCACUGUUGCCUUUUGGUGUUAAGCUUCAUGCUCGUCGUCGCCGUCGCACUGGGUUUGACUCUCAAUGGGAGUCGCGCACUGUGGAGGCGAUUUACCUUGGGCCGGCCCCUUGCACGCCGGGUGGCCAUUUGGUGUUGGUUCCGGAGGGGGAAGAGCAUAGAGUGCUGCUGACCAAUACGGUUUACCCUUUGCGUGGGACCUCUGAUACAGUUGCGAAACCUCGAUAUCGCCUCGUGGGGAAGCGCUCCCCGCCGUUCGCGUUGCGGGUCGUAGCUGCUGAGGAUCUUACUACGGUUUUGACCGACGAUAAUGCCAGGUUAUCACCUGGGGGGGAGUGGUGUGGGGCCUCUUCUGCAGGUGAGUUAAAAAAUGUGGUGUCGGUCGAGGAACAUGAUUUGGAUUUCGAUGGUGAUUUAGUUGAAGGGUGGUCUGGUAUCGGUCUUUUUUGGGAUCCUGAAUGUGGUGGUGGUUUCGAUGAAGAUGGCUGGGUCGAAACUGAAGGUGAGGGAUUCGAAGUAGAACGAUUGGAGCCGAUGAGUGAAGCUGUCGCUCAGCCUGAUUGCCCGGAUAUUACUGUUGCAGCGGUGAAAGUAGAAGAUACGGAGUUUGUUCAGUGGUGGAAGAGCGUUGGCAAAGAGGAAGCCUGUUCGGCUCAGAAUUGUUUUAAGGGUUUGGAAAUUGGGCUUCGUAAUAUGCCGGUAGCCCGUAGGUCCAUGAUUAAGGGACAAGGCCAAGCAGUGGUUCUAGGUCUUUACGGCGUUGGGGGAUUCCAUGGGGUAUCCAAGAUGGCCUUGGAGCAUCCGGACCUGACGAGGUACCUUAAUCACUUCGUACACCAGCAAAAUCCUGAUCACUUGUGGACAACUCUGUAUGUGUCGCGUAAUACUGUGAUGCCAUUGCACCGGGACCUGAGAAAUGCUAAGGGUUUUGAUAUUUUGGUACGGGCUGUAGGUGAGUUCAUUGGGGGUGGUCUUUGGGUUGAAAGCGAGGACCUGAAUGGACCAGUGUGUAAAGAGCUCCCAGGGGGACUCAAGAGACCUGGGUCUGUCUAUGAUAUCCGUAAUGAACCCGUUGUGUUUUCCGGGGACAGGUGGCAUGUGCCUGAAUUGUGGGCUGGGGAUUCUAGGUGGGUGGUCUCAGCUUUUGUGCCUAGGGAUAUUAGGGAUACCCGGGAUGAGGAUUGGGAUCGCUUAAGGGACCUAGGUUUUCCGGUUGAUCCGGUACGAGCACGAUGGUCUGCGUUUGUUGGUCCGGAGCCAGCUGUUUCUGCGCAACCCGAGCCUGUGAAUCUGAAUGCCGUAGACUUGAAGUGGGAAGUGGCCGUCCCUACGCCUUUGUCGGAGUGUGUCAGGGAUGGUUUUGAUCAUGAACUUCAGUGCACGGCUCGAUUGUGUCGAUUGUUAGCGGAGGAGAUGAGCGAAGCUUUGGAUUUUGAUGAAGGGUUCCAGGGAGUUUCUGUUCAGCUUAAGAGGGCUGAGGCUUGGUGUGACUGGGCAGAGCAGGUUUUGGUUGAACAGGAGAUUCGGGUUGGGGCCCUUCAGGCCGAGGUACCGCUUAGCGAGGUAGGUCCUGAUCAGUUUCUGCAAACAAGGUCCGUAGGUCUGUCGGAAGCUCGUCGUGAACUUGAUAAAUGGAAGGAGCCCGCUGCCGAUGAGGUGAGUAGUUUAGAGACCACUAAUCGGGCGGUUGAUAGGGUUAAGGCUGCUGAGGUAGACCGUUGGGCUAGUGAAGGAAUCAACGUGGUGCAGCUCCCUGGAAAGGUUGUCCUUACCCGGAAAUCCGGGACCGGGAAAAGGCGAUGUAGGGCGGUGUGUUGCGGGAAUUACCUUCCUACUGAGAAACUUGGGCUUACACGUGAAGAUCUCUACGCUUCGGGUGCAGAAGCGCUAUCGGUGAAAGUGGCAUUGACGUUUGCUGCGCGAUUUAUCCUUUGGAUCGGAGUGACCAUAGAUGUGAAAUCGGCCUUCUUGUAUGCUCCCAUUCGCAGUAGCUACGAGGGUAAGGAGGAGCGAAUAGUGGUUAAGCCCCCUAGUUUUCUCGUAGAGUUAGGUCUCUUGGGUAGGGACGAUAGGUGGUGGAUCCGUAAAGCACUGUAUGGGUUGCCUACCUCUCCUAAGGACUGGGGUCGCUACAGGGAUGAGGAGUUUACCAAGUUGGAAAUUGUGUCCGAAGGGGUCACGUACCGACUAACGCAAAUGAAGUCUGAUGAUGCCUUGUGGUUGGCUAGGACCUUUAAGGAUGGGAGCCUUGGUGAUACAGCUGGGAUCCUGGUGGUGUAUGUAGAUGAUCUUGCUUUCUUUGGACCGGCAGAUCUGUGCAGUCAGUUUAUUCUUGCCAUAAAGGCCCGCUGGAAGACUAGCGAUCCGGAGUGGAUUUGCGAGCGACCGGUGACUUUCUGCGGCAUAGAACUAUCGAGAGGGGAAGCAGGCUACCGCAUGACGCAGCGUGCCUACAUACAGGAACUUCUCAACCGCUACGAGAUUACUACCGAGGCCAGUGUACCGAUCAACAAGUGGACGGAACCCGAAGGGGCAGAUUCGCCUACGGUUGAUCAAAUCAGGGAAGCUCAGGCGGUGACCGGAGCGUUGUUGUGGCUGUCGACGCGUACGCGGCCAGACAUUGCUUAUGUUGUGGCACGAUGUGGACAACAAGCGACGAAAUCGCCUUUGCUCUCGAUUGCGAUGGGCCGACAAGCUCUUGAAUACUUGAAGUCGACGAUUGAUAUGGGGAUAGAUGUGCCGUUUCAGUUGGGAGACACCUUUUCGAACCAUGAACUUUUGGCGCUUCCGCGAACUGAUCGAGUACUGGAGUUGUAUACCGACGCUUCUCAUAGCCCUGGUGGGGACCGUUCCAUGCAAUCGAUUUUCAUAGUGUGGCGCAGUGUACCUUUGGCUUGGGAAGUGACAAGGCAAGCUUUCACAACGCUUUCUAGCGCAGAAUCGGAGCUCGUGACUAUGGUGGUGGGCAUCCAGAGAGGAGAGGCCAUCCAACCCCUCAUAGAGGAGGUCGUAGAAGCGGACUCCGUCCUCUUACUUUAUGCCGACAACGAAGCAGCGCUCAGAUCAUUUGAACUGUCGCCAAGCGGUUGGCGCAGCCGACACCUGAGAAUGAGGGCCUCAGCGGCCCGGGAACGCAUCUCUGCCAAUCUUUUAAGAGUAUCUCAUAUGCCAGGAGAGCAGUUGAUCGCGGACCUUGGAACCAAACCGCUUACCCGUCCCCGUAUCCUUAGACUUCUAGAUUUAAUCAAUAUAAGAAUAAGGACUGUAUCGGAGGAUUCCGCUGAAACCGCUCGUGUGCUUAGUCGUUUAUGCCUUGAAGAGGGGCAUUCGGUAGAUGACCUAGCAAAGACCUUGGCAGGUCUGGUCCUUUUGGCCAUGCUUCCUCGUGUGAAGGGCCAACCGUUUGAAGACCGGAUUGAUGAAUGGGCGGCUGCGCAGGCUAAGUUCGAGACGAUGGAAAGGGAAUCCGGGCUUACGUUUGUGCAGAGGGCCAAGAUUAGGAGGGUCUUGGAGUCUGGAGGGGUUUUGGAGCCCCCUACCUUUAUGCAACGGUUCGGACCCGCACCGACCUGGUUUACUGGGUUGGGUUCCCCGCGAGAAGCUGAGAGUGGUUGUGCUGCUGAUGAUGGUGGUGAUGAGGUGGUGUUGAACGCUGGAGAUGCAAGCGGCAGUGAACCGCCAGGUUCUGGGCUGUUGGAAGCUUCCACCUUUUUAAGUUGGUUCUUAGGGUUGUGGGGUAGUGCUCUGGUUGACAUGCUAGGGUGUUCUGCUUCUGAGUGGGCGGCUUUGAGUGUGACGGCCUCGACGUUUCACAGUGAAGCGUUGAUGAGGCUGCUCCGGCAGCUGAGGGAUACUGGGCUGUAUGCGGGUGAAUUUCCGGGCCAAGCGGAGGUGACUUUUGUCUUUCAAGGUUUGGGUGCAGGCUGGAGAUUCUCGGGGCUGCAUGCUUCGGAUCAUUUGGAUUCUGGGUCGCAGGUUGGGGGGAGCUCCAUGCCACAUGAUCGCUCGGGGUCCACCAUGCAGUUUGGGGGGAGCUCUGGCUCUCAAGAUCCUCGGGGUUCGGAUGCGUCCUUCAGAGAAGAUUCUAGGCCGCAUGAUCGCUCUGGUACCACCGUGCAGUUUGGGGGGAGCUCUGGCUCGACAUCCACUCGUGAGUUCAGGGACGAGGCAGAGGUGACUGGUGUGCCUAGCCCGCAGGUGCAGGUGGGAGGUAGUUCCAGUAGUCACGGGAUGGCAGUCGCUCCUGGACCAGAUUUCUGUUAUGAAGAUUAUGCCGCUGAAGGCAUGCUGACUGACCAAUUUCCGUAUGUAGGGUCGUGGUUGGUUACGCAUUACUUAGUCCAGCUGUUAUCUCAGUGGGGUGAAGGGAUCUUGUGGUCUUUGGGAGAGAGGAGUAGUGAGUGGUUAAGGUUGCGAGCGGUGUCUGCAGGGAUUCGGUAUGCCCUAGUGUUCGCGGUAGUCGAAGUGUUACGGCGUGGUCCGCAGUCGAUUUUGUAUAAUGGGCCCCAGUGGUUGUUGGCCACGGAGGAGUUUGUUUUGACUGGGCCCCCUAUGGCAGUGAGCUCGGUGUCGCGAGGAUUAGGAGGACCUACGACGGUCCAAGAUCGAUCAUUCGUUUUUCCAUAUGUGGAAGGCCCUCCCGGGGUGUCUUCGCACUAUCUUUUAAGGGUCUUUAUGACGAUAGGAUGGUUGGUGUUGGAUUUGUUGGGGGACCGUGUAUCUUCCUGGGGAUACUUGAGGGCUGUUGCAACUGGGUUUGGAAGCCAGGUUACGUUGGCUCUCUCGAUAUGGUUGAGACGAGUGUAUCAGUUGCGUAUGGCGCAGUCGCAGCUGACCUACGAUGCCGCUAAUGCCUAUCUACAAAGUGGUACGGUUCAAUAUCCGUUUGAGCCCGAUGUGGAAAGAGAUCAGCCCGCUGAUGCGUCAGAUUUCGAAGACGACGAAGAAAUCGAUGAGAGGCCUUUGUUACCCAGGUUGGAGGUCCCGGGGGUCCUUAGGUUCGGUCCAGCGGGUCAAGCCUUGUUAGGUGAAUCGUCUUCGGAGUCUGAUGGGUCUGAAAGCUCGACUACGGAACCUUCGGUAGUGUCACCAACUGCUAGCUCGGAGGAUGGUAGCAGUCGGUCCGCGGGAAGUCACUGCCAGAGCCUUGUGGGACCUGUAAGUUCCGCGGUGGUGGCUCCUACUGGGCCUGUGUACGAAGCGGUAGAGGGCGCUUUGUUGUGCACCUAUGCUGAUGACACGGUAGCUGUGCCACUUCCAGGGUGGAGUCAAACCGAUGUAGCUGCUGUUGUUCAUGGUUUGCACACUGGGGAUUGGGCUACGUUCCAAGCUAUCUUUCCUGAACCCGUAAGUGAUGCCCCGGAUGAAGAGGAGGAGUUACCGAGCAGUAGCUCAGACAUUCUGAUCCGGCGUCGAAGGUUUCGGGGUUUUGGACAUACGAGGCUUAGUUGGAGUGCGAUUUGGGUUGCUCUUUGGAUAGUUUGGUUCUUCUGGGGAUGCAUCAAGGUUGUCGCGGGAAGUUUGGAUGAGACUUGGGGCCCUCAGAAUGACCAGUGUUCCGCUGUAAGUAUGCAUCUAGUCGCAGUUAGCGGUCCGGAUGCCCCAGAUGUGGAGCCCUGUGAAGCCGGGUUUGAAGGGUGCGAUGGGUCUACAAUGUGGGAGGCUGGCAAGGUUCUUUUGAGUGUAGUGUCCUGGGAAGUCGCAAAAGGCUGUUGGAGAGCCUGGAGGGCUCGCAAUGAGUUUAAAGACCAGGGCACCCAAACGGGAGCCAUGUCGGUAGUUCCCUUGCCGUUAGGACCUAGUGUACGCCAUAGGGCACACAUCCUUUAUUCCCUCUGGCGGGCCGGGUAUCCUGUAGAUGCAUAUGGGUAUCCAGAGGCGGUUCGGUCUAGGUUUGAAGGGUUGAUCGGAUCUUGGCUUGCUCAAGUUGAGGGAGGUGAUGUGUCGGAAGAGUCCUCUUCAGAGUGA